AUGGCCAUGGAGCAAAAGCCUGACCAUUCGGUCGCUGAAGCUUGGCGCUCGAUGGAUUUUCACGGUUUAUCAGAUGGCUGCCACCUGGACGACUCCCACGGGACACCACGAACAUUUACCAUCGUUGAACCCCCGGCGCAGCUGUCCACCGACACCAGCACCUUUCACAUUCGGGAUCCGGCCCUCCAUGAUGUUUUCCCUGACGGGGGUGCCCGGUCCUGGUUUGUGGUACUGGGGUCAUUUUUUCUGUUGAUGAGUAGCUACGGCAUGAUGAACUCGACAGGUGUUUUGCAGAGCUACUUUGCGAGCCACCAGCUCGCGGACUAUUCGAGCAGUAUCAUCGGGUGGAUUCCGGGGUUGUUUGUUUUCUGCGGCCUUAGUCUGAGUGCCCAGAUCGGACCGUUAUUUGAUCGAUACGGACCAACAGGUAUCCUGAUCGCAGGGACGGCGUGCUACGUGGCGGGCCUACUACUCAUGGCGGAGUGUCGGCUCUACUGGCAAUUCAUCCUCGCCUUUGGCGUCCUCACAGGGACGGGAGCCGCACUGCUAAGCACGGCCGCCAUGGCCGCCGUUCCCCACUGGUUCGACCGGCGUGUCGGUGCCGCCAUGGGGACCGCGAUGGCCGGUGCCGGACUCGGAGGCGUGGUAUUCCCAUGGGUACUCCGGACCGGCUUCACGAACCUCGGAUUCAAAUGGACGAUCCGACUGGUGGCAUUGAUUGUGGCCAUCAUGUGCGCCCUGGGCAUUGCAUUUGUCCGAUCGCGUCUGCCCCGAGGCCAAAGCAAACCGAGCAUCAACCUGCGAGCAUUCCAAGAUUCUCGAUUCACCUGGUUGACCAUCGGAACAUUCAGCUUGGAACUAGAAGUCUUCGCCUGUCUCGGCCUCUACCCGACCUACGCCGUGAUGCAAGGCUUCAGCACCACCACCAGCAUCAUCCUCCUCUCGAUUCUGAAUGUAUUCUCCACCAUCGGCCGCCUCAUCGCCGGCACCAUCGCCGACAAAUACGGCCGCAUCAACACGCAAGUCGGCCUCAUCACUCUCGGCGCCUUUUCCAUCUUCGCCAUCUGGCUCCCGUUCGGCCAUCGUCUCGUGGGAUUGUACCUGUUCAGUGGGAUCUACGGGAUGGCGUCGGGGUCGUUUCUCAGUCUCGCGCCCGCGUGCAUCGGACAGAUUUCUCGGGCGAGUGAAGUCGGUGGACGGUUUGGGUUGUGUUAUUUGGCUGUUAGUUUUGCGACGUUGAUAAGUAUCCCCAUCGGCGGCGAAAUGAUCGAGACGGUGGGGACCCACGCCAUGGUGGGGUUUCUGGGGGGGGUGUUGGUGGUGGCGAUGGGGUUGUUUGGGAUGGCACGGUGGUCGUGUUUGGGGUAUCGGUGGCGGUGGCAUGCUAAGAUUUAA